AUGCAGGAUUCACCUGGCUCCCUGGUGAUGGAUGGCUACACCAGCAAUGUGCCAGCCUUCCUAACCAAGCUCUGGACGCUGGUGGAAGAUCCUGAAACAAACCACCUCAUCUGCUGGAGUACGAAUGGCACCAGUUUCCAUGUGUUUGACCAAGGACGCUUUGCCAAAGAGGUGCUGCCCAAGUAUUUCAAACACAACAACAUGGCCAGUUUUGUCCGGCAGCUGAACAUGUAUGGCUUCAGGAAGGUGGUGAACAUUGAGCAGGGGGGGCUGGUCAAGCCCGAGCGGGACGACACUGAGUUCCAGCACCUCUGUUUCCUGCAGGGCCAUGAGCACCUCCUGGAGCACAUCAAGAGGAAGGUGUCAGUAGUAAAAAGUGAGGAGACCAAGAUGCGCCAGGAGGACCUCAGCAGGUUGCUAUAUGAGGUACAGAUACUGAAAAGUCAGCAGGAGAACAUGGAGUGCCAAAUGCAGGACAUGAAGCAGCAAAAUGAAGUCCUUUGGAGGGAGGUUGUUUCUCUGCGGCAGAACCACUCACAGCAACAGAAGGUGAUCAACAAGCUGAUUCAGUUUCUGUUUGGCCAGCUCCAAUCAAGCUCUGGCAGCGCUGGGAUAAAGAGGAAGCUGCCUCUGAUGCUUGACAGUGGGUUGUCAGCUCCGCAGGUGUCCAAGUUCAGCCGACAUUUGUCUGCAGAUGCUCUCCAUGACGCCUAUUUCAUACAGUCGCCAUCGACAGAACCCACCUCCUGUUUGCACAGCCCUGCGGUGGCUGCAGGACCCAUCAUAUCUGAUGUUACUGAAGCAUCACAAUCCAGCUUAAUGAAUAUGCAGUCCCCUCCUGAUAAUGACAGGGAGAAGUGCCUCAUGCUGAUCAAGGAGGAGCCAGCAAGCCCCGGGGUGAAGGCCACCAAUGAACCCGACAUCCCACUGUCUGGCUGCCGGGCCUGCCCUGAGCCCCCUGUGCUUCCAGUUGCCAUGGUGCAGUCUGUCCUGGAGGGCAAAGGGAGCUGUGGGGUGGCCCCCCCAGGGACGUCACAGCCCCCCGAGAGGAGAGGCAGGAGGACACUGCUGGACAGAACAGAUAUUUCAGACCCACUGGAGGGCCCCGACUGGAGCCUGGAGGGGCUGCAGCUGCUGCUGAGGAGCCAGCAGUAUGGCCUGGAGCCUGCUGGCCUCCUGGAUGUCUUCAAUCCCAAUUUACCAAUGAGUGAGUGCAAUUUGGCUGAAAUGGAAGCCAGUCUGUCUCCGAUGCAGCGGCUCACGGUCGAUCUGGAGAAGAAUGCAACUGAGCUGAACUCAAAAGUGUUCAACCCAUCAUUCAGCAGUGCCUGCCCAGGGAAAGACGUCCUUCUUGAAAGCUCCCAGCAGUUCCUCACUGACCGUCAGUCAGUCUUUGGAAACGACAUCAUCAGCUUACCUGAAAGUUCAUCGCUGUAUGUUCCAUCUGAAAACAUGGCUUCCUAUCUGUCCUCUGUGGGUGUCCAAGGGGAUAUCCCCUUAAACCUGAGCUCUUCGACUGAUAACAACCAGUGA